AUGCCGAGCAAGGCCGAGGAACCUCAAGCACAGAGACUCGUAGGAAGUAGGCUUAAUCUGGCCACAGCUGGUGCCCAAGCUUUCCAAUCAAUAACUCUGUCACGGCGCGCCGAUAUUUUCAACAGCUGCAGCGAAUCUAAUCGAGGUUUCCCACCAUCGCAUUCUGAUAGCACGUCGCUGAAGAUGUGCAUUGCAUUGAUCUCCAGUGCACACCCAUCAUACCCACUUAUUCUUCUCGACAAUCGUGACGAAUACCUCAACCGUCCCACCGAUCAGGCAACAUGGUGGCCGGAACCUGACACCCAUGUCCUAGGUGGACGGGACAUGUUGCGUGAUAUUCAUGGCACUUGGCUGGGAGUGAGUAAACAGGGCAAGGUCGCCGUCCUGACCAAUUACCGUGAAUAUGAGACGCCGCCUGCCUUUGCCAUCAGCCGUGGUGCCAUCAUCAAGAAGUUUCUCUCUGAAGACGUUGGCUCUGUGCAGACCUUUGUCAAGGACGUUGUCAAUACUGGCAUCGCCAAGGACGCAGGUGGCUUCAGCCUUGUUUGUGGCAAUAUCGGUGACAAGCUUGCUGUCAUUUCCAAUCGAGCAGAGGACCAGAGCCAGGUUCCCUUUAUCGUCGGCGACACCAUUCAGACCGUUGGCUUGAGCAACGCGGCGUUCAACGAUCGGUCGUGGAACAAGGUCCUCUUAGGCGAAGAGCUCAUGCUCAAUUCCAUCCGUGCCAGCAUAGACCAGGCCGAGUCUGAAGAUCAAUUAAUCCACAGAUUCCUCCAACUUCUCAGUCACGACACUCUUCCACGGGUAGACCAUGGCGAUCAGACUAGUCUCGAAACCUACAUCGAAGACCUUCGAGAGUCCAUCUUCGUCCCCGCCCUAGGUAGACGAGACAUGACUGGCCUUCCCAAGGACGAAAUCCAAGCCGCCAAGAAGAGCGAAAAGGUAGACGUUGUCGGCCACAAUACCCCGUUACGGAACGGAAGCCCUGCUCACGCUGCCUCGACGCAAUCUCAUCAAUUAGGUAUCAGUGGUCUCUACGGAACCCAGAAGCAAACUGUAGUUCUGGCUGACAAGACUGGCCGAGUACGCUUUUUCGAAAGAACCCUCUACGAUCAGAACUCGGAGCCUAUCCCCCUGGGACAGGGCGACGUCGACUUCACCUUUGAGAUAUCAAACUCCUAAGCCGGAUCAAGGGACCAUUGUCAGUCUGACCAUCCAGAUGCUUUCGCCCUCUGAAGUGAAAGCUUCUGGCACAGGGGCAGGCUCGUGCGAUUGAUGGUUUCGAGCACCACUCACAGUCAGCAGCUGGUGGCCAUCUGCGUGUAGGUCACGCAACAUCCGUGAUAAGCAGUAUUUGUAUGACCUCGGCCGGUGUAUUGUUGUCACCAUCCAAGGGCCCAAUACUUCACUUCCAUUCAAUGAAGCAAGAAAAGCGACAUCUCAUCAAACUUAUCAAGUAGGACGACGUAGACCGAGCUGAGAAUACUAGUAAACCAAUCGAAAAGCCUGAGUGGGUGGCUCUUCUAUGGGACACGAAGCACUGAUGUUGUUCAAUCCCAG